AUGCGUUUAAAUAUUUUAAUAAAUUCGUUUUUAAAGCCUCGAAGUAGGCAAUUUAUUAGAUAUAUAUCCGAUGAAUACACGCCAAAGGCGCUUAGAAGUUUAAAAGGGAAAUCAACUAGGAAUACAGUACAAUAUUAUGUCGAUUCGUGUAGAGUAAGGACAGUAGCAGGAAACGGUGGCGAUGGCUGCAUUUCUUUUCUCAGUGUGUGGUGUAAGGACCAUGCGGGGCCGGAUGGAGGUGACGGGGGACACGGCGGGCAUAUUAUUUUUCAGGCUACCCACACAGUGAAAAGCUUAAACCACUGCAGAUCGGUGAUAAUAGCAAAGAACGGAGAGAGAGGCUUCAACAAAGACUGUACUGGCAAGAACGCACAACACAUUGUAAUACCCGUGCCUUUAGGCACCAUAGUGAAGGACGACGCUGGCCGCGUGGUGGGCGACCUCAGCGCGGAAGGAAUCAUGUUUGUGGCGGCGAGAGGCGGCGCCGGGGGGAGGGGAAAUAAGUUCUUCCUUACUGACACUGAGCAGGCGCCCGACGUAGCCGAGCUGGGCGCGAUUGGCGAGACCCGCACGUACUCGCUGGAGGUCCGCUCCAUGGCGCACGUGGGCCUGCUGGGCUUCCCCAACGCGGGGAAGAGCACCCUCCUCCGGGCUUUGACCAGGGCCCGACCCACCGUGGCCCCUUACCCGUUCACUACGCUCCGACCUCACGUUGGAAUGAUUCCCUACGAUGACUACGAGCAAGUAGCUCUAGCAGAUUUACCAGGUUUGAUUCCUGGCUCACACAAAAAUUACGGCCUAGGCAUUCAAUUCCUCCAACACGUGGAGCGCUGUCGCGGUCUCAUCUACCUCCUGGAUGGAACGAACGACCCCUUACAUCAAUACGAAAACCUGGCAUACGAAAUAUCACAAUAUAACACUAAUUUGGCGCACAGACCGAGCUGUAUUGUUGUAAAUAAAAUCGAUUUGGUCGAAGGGAAGCGGGGGUUGGAGGACUUUAAACGGGGAAUUGGGGAAAUUAAUGAGGGGGUACGUGAAAUAAACAAAAGGAUUGAAGGAGUUGGUGAAAUAAAUGAAGACUUAAAAGAUGCGAACACGAAGCAAUUAGAAAUGAACAGGAGGGUUCAGGAAACGAGUGAGGGGCUUGGGCAAAUAGUGUUAGGGGUUUCGGCGAAAACUGGUCUGAAUUUAGGUGCGUUGUUGAAAGUGAUCAGACAAAUAUAUGACAGAGGCGAUUGUUCGUGAGUUUUACUUUAAUGU